UAUCACAGAAAAUGGAGGUGCCACUUUGCUUUCUUGUCUAGAGAUGUAGUACUGAUUGCCCAGGUAUUGUCCUUUUUGAUAUAUGCACUUCCAGGAACUUGGAGCUCCUGAUCGUCUCCACUGGCAAGCUGUUGAGGCUCAGUAGAUCAUGAUGAUGAUGAUGGAGGAGGAGGGUGUGAUCAGAGAUGUGUUCAAAAGCUACAGCAGAUAUCCUGUUCCUGUGUCUGCCUCCAUCACUACUGGAAAAGGCGUCAGGUCUGACACCAAGACCCAGAACUUCACCGUAAGCACUGAGUGGAGUCAGUGUGAUGUUGACAGAGGCGUUAGAUUGCGCUUUAGUCAGCACUGGAAUCUUCAGUGUAAUGAAAAUACUCUGGAAAAGUUUGUGUGUCUGGGACCCUCUAUAAACACACACGGAGAGCUGCUUAGUAGCCACGCCCCCUCUGGAGCGCGAAGAGCGGUCAUCCGAGAUGGUGUGGGGCGUCAGUAUCUUGAGGUAUGGGGCUGCAAUGGACUGGAGAAAAGUUUAGACCUCACAGCCCUGAACAAACACGGAAAAGUCUAUGAAGAUGCACAGUUUGCAUGUCUAGUUUGGUCACCAUGUGAGGAAAGGUUACUUUACGUAGCAGAGAAGAAGAGGGCGGGGCCAUCAGCCACUGACAGUGGGAGUUUAAGUGUGCCUGAAGAAGAGGAUAAGAAUGUGUAUGUGGAAGACUGGGGUGAGGGUCUGGUUGGUAAAAGUGCCCCAGUGUUGUGUGUAGCAAAUCUAACUAAAGGAGAAGUGACCAUGUGCCCUGGAGUCCCACUUCAUGUGUCACCUGGACAGGCCUUGUGGACAGGAGACGGCAAGGCUGUCAUCUUCGUGGGCUGGUGGCAUGAACCUUUCCGACUGGGCCUGAAGUUCUGUUCCAAUCGGAGAUCAGCUAUCUUCUCCAUUGACUUGAAAGGAAAUUGUGAGCUCCUGUCAUGUGAUACCAGCUCGGUGAUGACUCCUCGGCUGAGUCCAGACUCUGUCUGGCUGGUCUAUCUGCAGGGACAAGUGUUCGGUCCACAUCAACAAUGUCUCCGCAUGAUGCUGUAUGACAUGAAGAACAGAACUACCUCAGUGUUGGUGGAUGUAGUGAGAAGAGCAGAGAAAGAUCAGUUUAUGGGUGUGUAUGAACCUCUUCCUCCUCAUUGCUGGUCUUCAGACAGUGAGAGAAUCUUCUUCAGCAGUGCAUGUGAAAACAGCAAGUUGCUGUUCUCUGUGGAGAGACGAACUGGAAGAGCGACACCUGUGCAGGACUCUGCGUGGAAUGAGUUUGGGAGUGUCAAGCUGUUAGCAGUAAUGAAAGAUCUGAUGGUGAUGUCCUGCUCUUCUCCUAAUCAUCCUCCUAGUCUGAAGGUAGGGUUUGUACCUGGUGGAAAGCAUACACAGAGUGUACAGUGGUCUCACCUGGGCGGAGCUAAUACAUACGAGAGCUUUGAUUGGGAGUCGAUGAUAAUCACUCCCACACCGGAAGAGGAAAACCAUCAGUUCUCUGGCAUAAGUUUUGGUGCCUUGCUUUUGAAACCAGCAAGCUCUUUCAAGGCUAUGAAGUUUCCUCUGGUCAUCUUCAUACAUGGAGGGCCUCAUUCUCAUUUUGCUGCUGAAUGGAAUGUCACUGCUGCAGCUUUGACUAAACUGGGUUUUGCUGUGCUCAUGGUUAACUAUCGAGGUUCCACUGGUUUUGGUCAAGACAGUAUCGAUUCUCUCCUUGGAAACAUCGGCAGUCAGGAUGUCAAAGACGUGCAGAGGGCUGUGCUGCAUGUCCUGCAGAGUCACAAGACGCUUGAUCCUGAUAGGGUGGCUGUGAUGGGCGGGUCUCAUGGUGGAUUCCUGGCCUGUCAUCUGAUUGGCCAAUAUCCAGAGUUCUACAGAGCAUGUGCAGCACGGAACCCCGUCAUCAACGCAGCCACACUGCUCGGGACCAGUGACAUCACUGACUGGAGAUAUUCCUCUGUAGGUCUGGAAUACAGCUUUGACCAGCUGCCCACUCCACAAGCCCUGACCACCAUGCUGGAGAAAUCACCCAUAGUGCAUGCAGCACAGAUCCGCACUCCAGUGUUGCUUAUGUUAGGUGGGAAGGAUAAGAGAGUGUCGCCUCAUCAAGGUCUGGAGCUCUACAAAGCCCUCAAGAGCAGGAAUUCACCUGUCAGGCUCUUGUGGUAUGACGGUGAUGGUCAUUCCCUGUCUAAAGUGGGAACUCAGUCAGACUGUUUCCUCAAUGUUGCACUAUGGUUCAAACAGUAUUUAAACAUGAACUGAACAUCAUCCUGAUUAUAUUAAGACAUCAACAUGGUUGAAGCUGCUAAAGACAUUGGAAUUCGCUGGUAAAACAAAACGCUAUUGCAAGCUACAGGCAUAAUAACAUUUUGUAACGUAUUCCUUCUCCACUGUGCUAAAUAGUCUGACAACUCCCAAAUAAUAGAUUUAAGAUUCAAAGCUUUAUUUAUCACAUGCUCCCUCGUAGCUGGUACAAAGGUGCAGUGAAAUGAAAUGCGGCAACUCUGAAGGCUGUACAUGAGAAAACAAUAAAUAGACAAUACACACCAUAAACAAUGAGUAUAAGGUACACAUUCGCUAAGAAUUCAGGGCUGCAUUUCAAGCCACAUUCUACACACUAAACAGGAUGCCUAAAUGGCAAUGACACCAUUGGUCUACUAACAUACUAUUUAGUAGAGUAGAAUGUGGUUUGAAGAUGUAAUUAUUUCCUCUUAUUGCAUGAAAUGCAUAAAGAUUAAACACGAACACGACUAACGUUGGCACACUACCUAAAACAGCAGAAAAAUAAAAAGAUACAGAUCCAUAGAUAAAAUGCACACACUGCAAAAGUGUGUGAAAGCCUUAAUCACCUUACUCUCACCCAAUAUACCUGAGUUUGAACUGUGUAAACUACAGAAAAGCACCAAAAUGCCAGUUAGCCACUAACCGUCCUAUGUUAGUGCACUAGAUAAAACAGAACAGAUGAAUAAAUAGACACCAUUCAGCCAAAAUUACACACACCAGGAGAGAACAGAAGUAUCAAUUGGCUUGUUCAGCAGAAUUUAACUGAAUUUCAGCUUUUAGAAUCAUAAAUUUUAGAAUCAUAAACUGAAUUGAGAGAAAAAGGCACAUAGCACCCCAUUAGCCACUAGCUGGCUAUCACGAGUUCUGUGGCUUUGUCAGAGAACAAAUAAAUGCCUUAGCUGUUCAGGAAGAAAGAUGGUACAACUCCAUCAGCCUUGAAUCCUUUUUCCUUUUAGAGAUUAGUAUCAGACUCUCUCUCUCUCUUUCUGUCCCUAGAUUGGCUGUUAGCUCUUGUCUGUCACUCUGUAGUCAGACUUCUUUUGUGCCUAAAGUUGGGAUGUGAUGAUGUUUGACAUAGCUGAUAUAUAACAAAAUUCCUGCCAAAUCUGACCCCACCCCACUGUCACAGCGUUGACUGUUAAUUACUAUAACACGAUUGUUGGGGUGACUCAGAGCAGAUCAGGAACAUCAUAUAGAUUUUUUUUUUUUGUCCUCUGACUCUUUAAAUGUCCUCUAGCUUUAAAUUUAAGUCUUCAAGUGUAACCUUUCCCUCAUUGUCAGUUACUACUAAUGUUAACCACUAGGUGGCAGACCUGAUGUUCAUUUACAGCAAGAAGCAUUUUGCAAUUAAAAAAAAAAAAAAAAAAAAAAGAAAAGCUGAGGUUGCCCUUUGAGAUUAGUAUUAGACUAAUUUAAGCAUUUCUUUUUUUCUCUCUUUUCUCUUUACAACUAAAUUAACAAGAUUUUGUCAUGUUUUUUUCAUUGAGGCAGAAAAAUACAUGACGCACAAUGAUCAGUGCAGAAUAGGACCUUGUCAUUAGGGCUGAAACUUUGUGAUAGUGCCCGUGUUAAUUUUGUUCAUGAUAACUAAGAUGGAAAAUGCUUGUGAAUGAACUUUCCCAUGCUGAAAAUGAUAAAAACUAAAAAGUAUUAUAUAAUAGUUAAAUAGUGUUCGUCUUGUUAGGCUCAUAUUUAAUACCAAUACUAAUACUAAUAGUACUAACUAGCUAGACGGUAUCUAACAUCAUAGCCAGUGCACAACAAAGAAAGAGAAGGAAAGGGUUUAGUAAGCCCGCAGUGGCAUAGUGUAUUUGUAAAGUGAUCUGGGUUUCCAUUUCCAUUCCACAAGAAGGAUUUAAAACUUGGAAAAUUAUUGCAUUUGAGAUAUGGAAAUUUUAAAAAGAAUAUAUUGUAAAAGUCUGAGAAAUAAAAAAUAAAAAUUUUUAUUUUCAUUCACUAAAUUUGCUCAGUUGUAGCUGAUUAAAAUUGCUGUUGAUUUAAAGUAAAUCUAGACUACAACUAACUAUAGCCAAAUGGCUAAAACUCUUACGUAGGCUGAUACUAAUAUGUACUUUAGAGGUUACUGGCUAAAUUAAAAACAAUUUUAAUGGCAAAAUGUGUUUAAAAGCAUUUUAUCUACGUGAGAAACUCAAUCUUUCAGUGGGACCACCCCAGCGGUCUGUUCCUGAAAGACUGCUUGGGAAACCAUAGUUUCUGAUCCAGAGCAGAUUUAACCAAAUCAGUGCCUGCUGAUUUAUCAGUUCCCAGAAAACAGAUUACAUUUAUUUAAAUUAACUCCAGAUAGGCUGAGUCAGGAUUGUGGGCAUUUGUAGCCAGCUUGAAAAUCCCUCAUCAGACAAGCCCUGAAAAUGUGAUCAGUAUGAAACUUCACAUGUGCCUGCCUUCAGUACACCAGGAUGGACAGUGAGAUUAUAGAGCAUUGUGAGAUAUUCAUCAGUAUUAGCACUAGGUGUUGUAGUAUUUUUUUAACGAAUAGAGUUGUCCUUUCUCCCUUUCAUAUAGAAUAAUGUGGGUUUUGGACUUUUUUUUUUUCCAUCAAGCGAAGUGCCUGUUUGAAUUUAAGUGAAUUUAAGCUAACCACAGACCAUGACGGUAUGUUUUGAGGAAUGUUGUGUCGUAGCCAUCUGAAUCUAGGCAGCAGCUUUUACUCUCUAGAAUGUUGCUUCUGGUAUGAGUGGUUGCAUUAUCAAUAAAAGAGUGAGUCAGUUUCACAGGCUCUCACAUGCCUGAGCUUUACUACUAAACUUCAUAUUUUAAUAAAUGAAUCUGUAUACUGUUAAAUUGGUUCUUUACUGUACGUUACCCCAAGGCAUUAGUAGCGUUUUCUAAGUCUCAUCUUGUGUUAGAGUGUUGGAUUCCCAUCUGGCCCAGGGUUGCCAGGUCUCAGUAAAGUUUACAGCCCAGCUACUUCUCAAAAACCGCACAAAAAAUCUACAACUAGCCCCAAAUGUUUUCAAAAGGGAGGCACAGUCUUCUUUUUUUUCUUAGUCUUUGCCUGGAAAAGAAGUUCACCAUGUGUGUGUGUGUGUGUGUGUGUGUUUGUUUCUGAUUUGCAGUAUCUGCAUUACUUUUUAUCAUCGCCUGGUGUGGCCAUUAUCCACUCUAUAAUCCACUCUAUAAAACAUAACUGGUUCUAAUUACAUCAUAGAUAGGCUUGGGAUCAAUAUCUUUUUUCACGUAUCAAUAUUUGGGAAAUUUUCCUGACGAUUUUUGAUUUUUAUCUGUAAUCUUCAAAUAUUAAAUACUGGCUGCUGCAGCGUAUCCUUAAAUCUAUAGCAUAGGUGUACAUGUAUACUAUUAAAGCCACACAGACCAUGUUGUAUCUGGAAGACCCACUAGAUGUAUCCGUGUGAGGAGUGAUGAAGAUCAAGUGUAUCUACAGGAUCUGUUAUAUCUCCCCACUGUGGUCUCCUAAAGCUAUUCCACCAGGCAAUAUUAAACGGUAGUCCAAUAGACAACAUGUGAAACAGCUAACAAAUGUAAAUUACCCAUUUAUAUGUAAUUUUAAUCCAUCAAUAUCUCAAAGACGCAUUGAGAAAACAACAUGCCAAUCAACAGUCAAAAUAUAUCGAUGUUCUAUGACACCCUAAUCAUAGAUACACUGUCUACACUUACGCUUUCCCUUUGUUUGCAAUAGCCUAUGUUUGCAGAAAUGUGUUAGAUUUAAAUCUAAUUGUUUUGCGUUAAUCCAAAGGCUCGGUGGGUGCACACUACUUUUAAACUAGCCCAAACAAUGGUCAGCUAUGAUACAGGGGCGCUGUAUCAUGGCUGACCCUGCGCUGAUCCCAACUUCCUAACAAGCUGGGAUAUGCAAAGAAAAGCAUUUCACUGUGCUGUAAUGUAUAUGUGACAAAUGAAGGCUUUUUCUUCUUCUAAAAACUGCUACUCUGGCAACCCUGGGGUCAGUUACACCUUAGCAAAAAGGUGUCCAUAUUUUCUGUUUAUUUUGUGUUUGUAUGUUCUAUUUUAUCCUCUGCAUCCACUCUACUGAAGUAUUACCAUUAUGUGAUAAGUAAUUUUUAAUGUACUCUAGAGUUACUAAUUUCAGUUUCAGUUGUUUUUGUCUUCCAGAUUUUUUGCUUGUUCUUAACUAUAGUUAGUAUACUCUAUAUUAUCUCACUAUUUAUUUUCCAAGUAUUUUCUCCCCAGUAUAUUCCAAAUGUUUGCUGUUGUAUUUGACUUCAUCAUGUUCAAUUUCAGUGCCAUCAUUCAGAAAACGAAAUUUACCAUAUAAUAGUACUGACUCCACAGUCCCAAUGUAUACUAUGUAUUGUAUGUUCAACAGCCACGGUCUUGCAGUGGUUUUACUGUAAAUAGCUGUUUUUACAUCUACUGCCAAAUCACAUCUCUCUCUCUCUCUCUCUCUCUCUCUCUCUCUCUCUCUCUCUGUCUGUAGCUCGUGCAUGAAAUUUUUUUCAGUGCCAUUAUUUUUCCAUUAAUAUUUGAUAAGAAUCAUUUCUGUCUCUCUUUCUGAAAUGGUUUAAUUCUUAUCUUGCUUGUACAUUUGAAGUAAAAGUACAAGUUGAAGUA